GAUCUCCGUUCUGAGGAGGCGUCGGUGGAUAAGCCAGAAAAAAACGUUCGCGCCGCAAGCAAAGCUGAGACCUUCAUCCACAUCUCACAAGAAAUGAUGGCGUCUGGAGAUGGGAAUGAACGGGUCAGAGUGGAGGGGUGAAAGGGUAGAGAAAGAGGCUCUUGCGCCAUGCGCACUUGCUCGAACAGGCAGCCAGCCCAGGACCGAAUGGGCGGCGGCGUGUGCAAAUCUAGCGAUGAGGGCAGCAAGCCCAUGUCGUACUGUUGCAUGCGCCGCCAUCCCGGUCUUGGGAGCUGGGUCUUGUUUCCUUACUCAUGUCAUGAUCCAUCUAGAACAGGGGUGGUAAGAAAUCGAGUAUGAUCGAGAUGCGGCAAGGAGACCCUUGACCUCAUGUGCUAUUCAGCACUUGAUCAUUCUCCCUCCCUGUCUGCCGCGCUUUGCAUACUGACCUUCCAGACACACGAUUUUUCGACCGGGUCAUCCACAGCCAUGGUUGCGGAUGUGGAGAUCAAACUGGACUUCAUCAAUUGGAGAAGCAUCGCACGGGUUGAGUGGACCGGUACCGUAUGCAGAGAAGGGCCGGCAUAUUCUACUGCAGAACGACGUCUUGCUUUGGCGCGUUCACUUCCCCCUGCUAACGUACCCUACUCUCUCAUCUACCUGUGGGGCUGCAAUGGGCGUAGCGGAAACGUCGAGCCGGACAUGCAUGAGAUCCAGCAGGGAACGCUCGCGACGUGCAUCAGUCUGCUUGUGUCGACCGGGGAUUUCUCCUUGCACGACAAUGUGGAUUUUCCUCUUUCUGCAUGCAAUUGGGUUCCAACAGAACACAGAGAUCUACAAGCGGCGGGAAGAUCUGUGAGACAAGAUCUGUUGGUAUGGAACUAGUGCAGAGAUGUUCAAUGUGCUUUGGUCUUUGUUCGACCUCUACUUACCUACACUUCCCCAUGCUAUGUUCCCUGGAGAAGUAUACUCAAGUAAA